CAGGACUACAGGAUUCAAUACCAGGCUAUUAAAGAAGUAAGCGACAAUUAUUAUCUCUGCCAACGAAUCUAAAAUUUAUCUAGCUUCUCAGCUAAGUUCAAGUAGUUGUUUUAAACCACCCUAUAAAAGAAAAAGUUCUCUUUGAGAAACAAUGAAGAAGUGUACUAAGAAUGACUAAGAUUUGAUGGCUUUAGUUAUCUCAUCGUGAUUACAACGAAAAGUAGAUUUUUGGGCAUUUCUUUUGUGGAAAGCUGUUGCUCUCAAAGUUAGUCGCAGGAGUAUCUUCUAUUCGCUAAUUUUACUGUGGUGAUUUUUUGGAAAAAAAUGUUGUUUUGAAGGACAAGGACUAUGAUGUUAUUCUUAUUUAGCGACUCCAUACUUUCAAAAGUAUCGCAAAAGACCAUGAUUUUCUUUCUGCUUCAUUUCGAUGAUGUCGUUUUGAACAAAUAAAGACAGACAAGAUGAGUGGUACACGUGUACGUCGUGCAACUACUGCUGGGUCGUCGCAGAAUCAGUGCACUCCAGGCUGUUGGAGCCUGGUCGCGCAACCGUCAUCCAGCGAAGGGAAUGAGGAUGCAUCAGGGGCGUUGUCAUCUGGAGAAGGUGACUGGAUAUUCCCAGAACAGCUUAGUUUGGAGUCUGCGGCCAAUGAUGUUCAAGGCACAAACAUCCUUGUCAGUUUCAAGACGGGCUUACACUUUCCGGCUGCCUUCACCUGCACAAUACCCACCCUGCCAGACGGCGGUGUUGUGGAAACUAUGGAGGUCACAACUACUCUAGAUUUCUUUUUUCUUCAAAAACUUUCACUUCGACUUCUAGUAGCGAAACUAAUACUUUUAUGGUCUGCAUUUGUAUUUAUUUCAAGAAUUUAUCUGGUCUUUAUCUUCUCGCAUCUUUGUUGUAAAAGUACGAAAGUUUUUCUGAGUUUUGAUUUUUUGAGCUCUCCCUAUCCCAGGUUGUCGCGUCCGCGGUGGCUUUGGGUUUCGGCACUGAAAGCAGCGAAAUGCGAUUCCUGCGACGAGCACAGUACAGACGAAAUGUGAGUGUUCUAGGAGAAGAUGCCGGUGGCGCAGGCGCGUCUACUUCCUGUAAAAGGCUUGUGCCCCUCUCUUUCGCACACGACGCAAAGUCCGACGCCCUGGUACCUAGAACCUUAGUCGAGGACUCCUUUGUGGCAGAUUCGCGACUUCCCGAUCAACGCCUGGAGGACAAAGACAGACGACUUUUGGAAGCGCACAAUUUGAGCUACGAGAAGUUUCUCGCGGCCCAAGGGUGGACCUUCUUCAAGACGCGAAGAUACUUCGGAAAGCCCGAAAUGAACAUGUGGAUGAACAACAACAAGGAAAGUUUAACAAAUGCUAAUCAUGCGGACUAUGGAACCACAAGAAGUAGUACUGGAUCUAGUACCUCCUCUCCCAAGAGCGACGGUCGGAAUUUCUUUUCCGGGAGCGCUUCUACCUCAUCUUCAAGCGGUGGAGGUGGGACGCAGCAACCCACGCCAGGACUUGUGGACAUACCAGCGCUGAAAGCGAAUCUUGCCGAGCUUUUUGGAGCUAGUGGUCGCGAUCGGCUCACCGAUAUGGAGACAAGAACCACGGCAUACUUGUCAGAUGGUGCUGCACGCGCUGCCGCACAAAUUCUAGGCAACCACUUGCUUAACGAGGGGCCGGAAGGACAAGGAACGUCGUCGGCUGAAGCUCAAGGAGCCACGACUGAAGGAAAAGAUUCUGCCAGCAACCAAGUUCUUGCAGUCUAUUCCGUGCCGUGCGUAGGCAGCGUGACAAUUUCUCCGGCAAUCCCUUCUGCUUCUUCCGGCACUGAUUCGGCAACGAGCACUAGCGGCAAGGUAUCAUCUGUCACACAGACACAUUAGAAGGAGGUUUCAUAUUCAUCAACAUGUGCGUAUGUCUAAGUAUGUAAAUAUUUACAGUUUACUGGAGGUCGAGUCUUUAUUGCUCUCGACGGAAGUAUGGACGAUGCUUUCAUUACAAUAUUUUCUUCAGGGAACCGGAGUGAUUCCAGUCUUUCACGCGAAGGUGACUAUGGGACAGCACAUGGGAUCCAUCGACAACGCAAAGGAAAACGAGGUAGCAUAGUUUUUGAUUUUGUCUUUGAUUAACUAUAAGUUUCAGAAUAUAUUAUAAAGAAUGAUGAUCAUGCCGAUGCCUGUUUAUUCAGUUGUAAGUAGAUUUAGGUCACGUGUAGGGGAUCGACUUCCACAGCCACGAAAAGAACUUUCACUUUGAGCGGUAACCGAAAUUGUUGUAAAUAAAUGACCCUUUUUUCAAUUUACAUAAACAGUGUCAGUGCCAAUGCAUGUUAGAAUUCAAAAAUACGGCAACACAAUACAGCUCGCAGUAGCGAAGGCCGUUGUUGGAACGUUGAUUGAAAGUCCGCUCCACGGUGUAGCAAGUCCAUUUUUACACUAUCUGUGGCGCUCUUCUCGCAAAGUUUCAGACUCAGAAAUCAAUACUCAACAUUUUUAUCAUUACGCGUCGGCGGGAGGGUCUCCGUUGGAAGUCGAGUUCGCUGUGAUGGAUCCCGGUUCCGUGUGGCCCGAGAUCCGCAAUGGGGCUGAGACAAUAUUGCAGCGUGCUGAAAUUCAGGACGCACACGAAUCGCAAGUGCAAAAGCAAAGAGCGCGAUUGAUGAAUAAGGAAGCGCGACAAGAGGGACAGGUUUUAUCAAGUCUCGGCUUCACCUGUGUCAUUCUAGUGUGGGUAGCAACUGUGUGCGCCUCUAUCCGCUUGUCGAUAUGCAACCGCCGCCGCAUGCGUAAGGCAAAAAAGAAUUACGCUGACGUUGGCACGUCCGCGAAUAAGACUGGUAAGCAGGCUUUCGGAUCUCCAAGCGGAGGCGGAUCAGUGAAUGAGGUUCAAUCUUCGAAAGCGAACACAACCGGAGCAGACGAUGAUGUUACUACCACUGCUGCCGACGGCGAACCGACCCAGCCACUUUUGCAGGGAGGCAGGCCAUUGCAUCUGGAAGAGACGUUGGAGGCACCCGCAGGGCUGGUGCUUGUGCUUGGUACUGCUUCUGAACCUGCCAAACAACAAAGUAAGACACCUAUUGUUGAUGAAGAUGUUAACGAGAUGUCGUGGUGGAGCAGAUGGUGUCGGCGUCGUUCCUCGGAUGAGGACCAACAUCCAAAGAAAAAGACCCGAAGCAUGCGCUAUCGCAAAGCAGGCACGGUUUGGCAAGGUAUCACGGAGGUUCCGACCUACUCCAGCAAAGGCGAAGUUGAGCUUUCCUGCGAGGUACGAAAGUUUUUCUUGAACAAGUUCCCUGACGCAGUUGAACGUGCGGCAGCUUUCGUCGAGGAUGCUGAUGAUGAAAGUUCCAAGGCCGACGUAACAAAACCACCCAUGGUAUCAAAAAUGAGUGUUAAGAUGACGAAGGAAUCCAAAGAACCUUAUGGCAGAGGUCUCAGAAAUGGGUCAACAUCUAGCCUGGAACACGACGACGACAGUUACAGCACCAUUUGCGGCGAACAGAUUGCAGGCAACACACUGCGACACCGUGGAGCUGCUGGCCUUCGACGUCCUGCGGCCAACAAUUCUGCACUUGAGCAGUAUCAAGGUGCAGCCACUCUCCACCACCAGGGUACAGGUAGCACCCUCGAUAGCAGCUGCAAGAUGCACUUGAGCAAGCCACGCGUGUCCUCUAUCCGCAGUCGUAGAGCCAUGUUGUCUCCUUUGCCACUUUCUGUCGUGAACGAAGACGCAAUUCUUGCUGACGGAGAUGGACAAGGAGGUGCAGCUUUCUCUAUGCCGUGUAGUUCCUUCUCCCUUGAUCAUACUGUUGUGGAUGCUCCUGGUGCGCUCGGAGUUCCAGUGCCCGGGCUCAAUAUGUCGAGUCAGGAACAGUCAGUACAGCCGAUGAAUUUGACACCGGGUCAUCAAGAAGAUGCUCAAGAUGAACAGAUUCCGCUUCUUCACGUGUCCUCUUCUCGUUCCCGAAGCCAUAUUGGUGACGCCUCGCCCGGUAGGGACACGGAUGCGGGCGAUCUCUUCGGCGGUGAAUUUUCCUCUCGACAAAGACUGACGCACGGACUUCCAACGAAAGAAGCAUCUUCCGAUGCAAUCGAGAGCUCUAGCUCAUCCCUCCCUAUAAGAAGUAGAGGCAGCGCACAGCAGCUUGCUGGUGGGCUAGUGCCAGAAGUAAGAGGCGCACUAGAUUACCCGCAAAUCAAGCACCAUGGACAGCAUGACUUUAAUCUUGGUCUUCCCCUAGCCAAACAGAAUGGCAUUGGUGUCACUAGCACAAUGUCGACUGGUGGUAAUAAUCAAGAUUACGAACAAACGGCACCAGCAGGACCUACUAGAACGCACUUUUUUACUGAUUCGAGUACUCAGCAUCAACAGCAGCAUGAUCAUCAUGACGAUCAAAGACUGACAAUCACGAAAGACCAAAUCGUUACGCAGCACAGUGAUGAAGUAACACUAACAACUCAAGCGCAUAGCACAGCAGCGACUACGACCUUUUCAUCGACAAGAAUAUCCUCUGUGCAACGGAAUAGUACUGUGAACAUUCGCUUAAUGGCUGGCGAUCUGGCGCACAGCAACGAGGAGGCAACCACGUACACUAUUGGAACGUCGUUAGGGUAUGAAGUAGAAAUCCGUAUCGUGGAGGAGGUCCAUCGCGAAUACCGGGAAGUAGUGGGAUUAGGCCAGUCUUCGUCUCAGCAAGCUACACAGGGACCACCCACUAGCAUUCUGCAGCUCACUACAACACCAGGCUCGCAGUUGAAUACAAGGAGUUCAGGAGGACCGCCCGGCUUUGACUAUCGAGGCACUGUCGCGUCCAGCAUGAGCAUGGCUUCGCACGGUCACCCGGAACCAUCUAAGACGGGCUUCAUGAAUGUUCGUGAUCACCAAGAGCAACACGGCGACCAAGGGCAAGGGGCGCCCCCUAUUUCGGCACCGGGAAGACCCGGCUGUUCGAUUUGGGUGCCCCCGUCACGCGUUGAUGGUUCGUACAACGGUGCUUUCUCUCCCGCUGGUGUCUACCGCAAUGUUGCGCUGAACAAUGCCUUUUCUCCCUAUAACGCAGCGUUGAACAGGGAUCAUAGCGACCAGUCAACCCGUGGCGGUGUGCCGCUACUGGGGACGCUUGCGAUGCCCGAUUUGGAGGAGUUUCCCGCACUCGAACGUGGAAGCACUACGUCGAGCUUGGAGAUUGACCCUCAAGGACGGACGCCUAGGAACAAAUGUGGCCUCUCGCUGCAGCGCCUUCACCAGAAUCAGGACAACUUCUUUCGCAAAACAGAUCCUCCAGCAGACCAUGAUACGGACAGUAUCAUUUUCAACACAAACGACGCGCCGUCACCCACAAGACUAAGCCGCAAUGCGGAGAGCACUCGUACAGGAGGGAAAUUACCCGCGCAGCUGGAUCUGAACCUUCUGUACGAGAAUCAUCAAGGAGGUGCAGAACAGACAUAUAACCCGUCGUCACCGUCCUCUAGUUCCCCGACAAAUACAUCGAUGGUAGAUGGCGGUGACUAUUCAGGUGAAGCUCCUCCCGCUUUUGUUUAUCCGGAGAAGCAAGUCACGACAUCAAGUGCGCCGUCUGCGUCCGCACCAGAGAAGAAUUCAGUUGUUGUUCCGGAUGUUGCAACAGUGUCCGCGGACGAGACCGCUGUGACGAGAGGGCAAACCACAAAUUCUGCCGGAAACGAAUCCAUCGUUAAUGGAAAUUGUGACGGUGUUGAUGACGAGGAUGGGGACUGGCUUUUUACCGUUGGCGGGGAAGACACAUCCAGUCGGGCACAGAAAGAACAUGACGCUCCGAAGGGCCGGGCGACCGCAGUGCUUCCGUUGGGCACUGUCGGAGGAAGGCCUGGGAGUUCUAGCAGUUUGGGCACUAAAUUGUCUAUUGAUAGCGGUGAAGCGCUACUGCCUUGGUCGUCCUUUGAACAUCCGACCCGUGGAUUUUCCGGCUGCAGUCUAAUUCGAUGCUCGGGCAUCACACCACCACGACAGUAUAGCACAUCCUCCGUCGACACCCAUAACAUGAUCUCGAGGGACGUGAGUAUGAAUAUGCUUUCUCUAUCACCCCGUGACUCCGAACCCCAUAUCUUUCCUCGAGGACACCCCGCACCUUUGCCUGGGGCCCACGACCGGCAUGAACUUCAACGUUAUUCCACCGGCACAGCGUCUUCCAUCGCGAGUGUCGCGUGCGCUGUACCCGCUUCUGCAGUGGAAAAUCAGCACCAUGGUGGAGUAAGUACGCUGGCCUUGACGGCGCCCAGUGUUGCUCCGAUGAAGCAUAAACUACCUCUUAGUGCAUCGGCCCCACCUGCGAUGGGCCCUGCUGCCUUAGGAGCUGAUGCCCACCCUAAUUCCUCACCCCGUAUGGCUCCAGGAAGUUUCUUUCCGCCCAUCGAGGAGGAAGACGUAGAACUCCUCUCCAACGCAGCAAGCACAAGUCCAUCGCGGAAUCUCAUCGAGACCGACAGUAUCAAAAAGACGCAGAGCACCAGUGAAGGAACAGAACAACAACAAUUCCAUCUGUCCGGAGGAUUACCGCCUUUCGCAAAGGCUCCAACCCUAGCGCCAUCCAAUAGCGACAUGACCGACGAACCGCAACUAGGGGAAUCGCAGUUUCAGUAUUCAACGAGGACGACGGACUUCCUUUCAUCAUCAGGACAGCACGACCUUGGAGUAGGUGCGGAAGCCAGCAUCCCUUUUUUACGAGGACCAGAUGUACAUAUAGUUGAUCAGCACGAUCGUGCGGCAUGUUUUGUCUUUCAUCCACCUGGGCAGGAGCAAAACAACACCAGCAUUAUGGGGUUGGGAGCACCUAGUGUUUCCAGUGGCAACAGUACAAACACUGUGUUAGUACCGACCCACGUGACGCGCACUUUCCGGAAUCUUCAAAGCUGGCUGACUCUAGGAUCGUCUUCACGAGCGGGGCGUGGACGCAGUGCUACUAACAGCAAGGAGCAGGUGCGCGGCGCGUCUUCCUUCACCUUCCCAUAUCUGCAAGCUGGGCAAGCAGCUGAAAACUGCAUGUCACAGAGCAGCGGGUUGAUGCCAGGAGCACGACAUCAAGUGGAACCACAACUAGACCGUCAACAUCAAAAUCAAUUGCCAGAAGGAGCUUCUGCGGCCCUACAUCAAUCACGACACGAGGACAACAUUUCUUCUACUCUUUUAUACCCUUCCCAAGUCAUAGUCACCUCUCCACCUCAACCACUGAGGCACGUAGAGGAACCAACAAGAAUAACAUCCGAGAAAUCUUCACAAGGCUCGUACCCAUCCGACAGCAGUACUCUACAACAACUUUCUGAUACCCACGAAAAUACCGGGACAUCCGAGCACCAGAGAAACGUCCGACAGCUCCCGUUGGGGUCUUGUGCGUCCGAGAACAUGGCUCACAGUGCGUGCGAUCAGCAGGCGCUAAUUCCAUCUUUAUCCCUUAAAACCGGCGCUAUUAAUAGCAGUUCCGAUAAUAUUACUGAGAAGCUGCAGCAUUCAUAUCCGCCUCAUGAGUCUCAAAAUCGAAGCUCCUCAAGCUUCUAUGCGGAUCAGCAACAUGGAGGACCACCUCCACAUGAUGAUACUGAAACCAGCCUUGCUCUUGAUUCUACCGGCCAAUCUCCCGGGCUCUUCGACUUCGAUCCCGCACCCGAGAAUCAAGAUGACGGUGAGGGCGUCGACGAUGCGGUAGAGGUAUCCAACCGGGAUGAGGUGGUCUUGCCUGACAAUGUGCAACGCAUCCUCUACGCUGUGCACGAGCAAAUUCUCCAGGGUGCUGUGCCAAAGGAGAUGAUGGCGGCGGCCAUUCAAUUGAUGCAGAUCCAAACGGCAGAUGAAUUCGACGACGCCGACGAGGCUCGGGCGACCUGCAACUACAACUAUAAUAGAACAGCGGCCCGAUCGCACUCUACGUGCGAGCCUGAGUCUGCCCGAAGUAGAUCACUCUCGUCCAAUUGUACCAGUAUCAACAAAGCGACUCCUCAGCAUAAUAUGAUGCUAACCGGUACUACCUCGCCAGGCGAGUGGGCUCCUGGUGCUACAGGGAGAGGAGUCAGUUGUAACAGUACUUUAGAUAGAGGCACCACGUGCGCAUCCACCGCUGCGGGAACUACGAGUCAUCAGCUGCACCUCUCUUCAUCUCAAGCGACCGCAAGUGGUACCCAUUCACAUCAUCCAGCACAGGCAUGCAGUACCAGUACAACCGAAACCGUUCUCGGACGUACUAGUAGCAACAUAUCUUCAACGGAACCGUUCCAGCAUAGCCAAUCGUACCCCAUGAAGUUCUCGGCAUCAGGCCAAGGAGUCGGUGGAAUGCAACAGCAAGAACAACGCGGACAGCAUAAUAAUUAUAUUCUUCAGCAAGAGCUCGAUGAAAAUUCGACUGCCCUAGCUGUUCGGCAAGCACCACCCAGCACGUUUGUAUUAUGGAGAACACUGCAGAACUGGAACGAAGCAACUUCUAAAAUCCGACAUGCCGCAGACGCCAAGCGUCCAGAACCAGGAGCAUGGCUUGUUGGAAACAAUCGUAGCCGCAAUGCAGUAGGUAUGAAGUUGGCUGCAGCAUGCAAGCGCCGCGCGCGACUUCUGAAAGAGCCUAGAACGAGAGAGGUCCCGAAGAGCUGGGAGCGUCGCUAA